AAAAAUUAAAUGAAAACAAAUACAUAGACACAUGCACACUUUAUAUGUGGGUAUGUAGAUAUGUAUAUGUAUAUUUGUGCAAACUUUCCAGAUUGCUUGAGUGAUAACCUCCUUUUUGGAGAGGAUCUUCAAAACUUUCAUCUUGCACGAUCUUCUAGUAAGACAAUGAUCACAUUUUUUUUCUCAGUUAUAGUGAUGUUUGAUUAAUGCUGCAUAUCUUUAAAAGUUCAGGCACAAUCAUGGCUGAUUUGGAAAUUCAGACACUUUGCAUGGAAAGUUACGGCUCUCGAUCGGCUCGGCGUUACCAGGCCCUCCCUAACGGAAAGCUAAGUUCUGUGGAAGAUGCCUCUGAGGCCUGGCACUUUCGUUCACUCCAUCACAUCUUCGUGUCCAUCUUCCUGCCCCAAGGUUAUCCUGAAAGUGUGAGCGCGGACUACCUCCCCUACCAGUUCUGGGACACCAUCCAGGCCUUCGCAAGCAGCAUCACGGGGACACUGGCCACCCAGGCAGUGCUGAAAGGGGUGGGGGUCGGGGAUGAGACCUCCACCGUCGCAGCUGCCACUAUCACUUGGAUUCUGAAAGAUGGAACAGGAAUGCUGGGCCGAAUCGCUUUCGCUUGGAGCAAGGGGAGCAAACUGGAUUGUGAUGCUAAACAAUGGAGACUCUUUGCUGAUGUGCUCAAUGACGUGGCCAUCUUCAUGGAGAUCGUGGCGCCAGCUUUCCCAGGAUGCUUCACGCUCAUUGUCUGCGCUAGUGGCUUUUUCAAGUGCAUUGUGGGUGUAGCUGGUGGGGCCACCCGUGCAGCUCUCACCAUGCACCAGGCCCGCCGGGACAACAUGGCCGAUGUAUCAGCCAAAGAUGGAAGUCAGGAGACCCUAGUGAACUUAGCUGGCCUACUCUUCAGUCUUUUCCUGAUCCCUCUUGUAGUGGACAAUCUCCUCCUCACCUAUGCCCUCUAUGCUCUCUUCACCAUCCUCCAUCUCUACGCCAACUAUCAAGCAGUGCGGGCAGUUUGCAUGGAGACGGUUAACCGUGCCCGGCUCCAUCUGGUCUUGCAGCAUUACUUGAAGUGGGGAGAAGUUCCUGGUCCUGCUGUCAUCAAUCCUCAGGAGCCCCUUCUGCUAGGAUUUCGUCAGCAGCUCAAGAUAACUCUUGGGGCUCCUCUUCAUACAGUGACCUCCAGUGUUGCUGACUUCCAGAAAGCUCUUGAAGGCAAUGCUUCAAAUUACUUAAUUUUCUUCAACCGACCGGCAGGGUUGAUCUCUAUCCUGCUCCAUCGGCAAGCGGUCAGUGUGGAUGUGAUUAAGGCUUACACCCACGGCCUUCUUCUAGAGGUCUUGCUGUAUCAAGAUAUGGAAACCUGUACCUUGGAAAGAAGGUCCCUCCUGAAUCUGCAACAUCUGUUAUGUAAAGAAUCCAGUAAAGAGGAUCCCAGGAUACAUUCCGAAAUGCAUCAGUUCUUAGACAGGAUAUUUCCAAAAUUCCUGGCAGGACUGACAGCUGCCGGAUGGGUAACCGAUCGGAACCUCCUGGGCCCUGAGGAGUGGCGGAUGGAAUGGCUCGGCGCUGAGAAGAAAAUGCUCUGAUUCCGAUUCUGGGAGAAUUUUUAUAUCAAUAACCUGAUUUAUUCAAUCCUAGAAAAGGGGGGAUCCUGGUUUCCUUGGGGUUGUCUUUUAAAAAGGCAACGGUAGAUUUGGAUUUGCCUUGCCUCACUUUACCUCUCUUUAAUUGUAAAAUAAUGAUGAGGUGCACAACAUAAGACCUAACUUCUUUCCAAUUAAAUUUUUUUAAAUGUGAUGAAGUGUUUACGUAUUUUGCCUUCGGGAAUGAAGCUAAUAUAUAUUUUCAGAGCAGUACUGUGAGAUUUAAUAGAUGUGUGCUUAAUUGUACAGGUAAUCCUCAUUUAGUGACCACAGUUGGGAGGGACAACCUGGUCAUUAAUUGAAGUGGCUGUUAAAUGAAUCGCAAUUGUGUGUAUGGUCUUACUUCAGCUUUCCUUUGCUUUACAGACCUGCGAAGGUUAUAAAUGCGAGGUUCAGUUGCAAAGUUAUUUUUGCAUCACUAUCAUAACUGUGAAUGGUCAUUGUCUGAGGCAGUCGCUACACGAAGACUACCAGGGUAUGCCUUGUUCAGUAUGGGGUAUCCCUCUCUUUGCUUACAUAGAUUUUUAACUCACAAAUUUGAUUUUUUAACCUUAAAGAGAAAUAUGUCAAUUUUCUUUUACAUCUGUUCCCUUGUCUUCUCCUGUGCAGUAUACACAGAUGCUGUGACUAGUUUGUCUCCCCCCCCCCCCGCCCCCCGGUCUUCUGAAUGUAGGGUUUAUUUUCUUGUUUUUGUCUCUCGUUUCCAAAGAUCUGGAAGGGAUGGGAUGGAAUACAAAGCAUUGUGGAAGAACAGAAUAAGUGGGUGCCCCUUCUCGUGGCUAGUGAGGAAUAAAAGGGCAUCUGGUGACUUACAUGUAUUGAAAUCCUGGAAUAAAUUCAACAGCUCUUUAUGGAGGAGGAGAACAUGAGAGGUGCAUAAGGUUGGGGAGCAUAAAUAUUUGUGAAGAACAUUGAGGCAAACACACCAUGAUAAACAUGUAAUCUGGAGAAUUAUAU